UAAAUUAAUCUAAUCAACCGUAAAAUCCUCCCUGCAGAUUAUAAUCUCGCAGAUUUCUCCGCUCUUUAGUCAUCCCCACUCAAAUGAAUUUUUAAAAUAGUUGUAAAAAAUAACACUCAUUGUAAUUCACCAUGCCUUGGCUCUGACUUCUCCCAUUACUUAAGUUUCCGUGCUGCCUCAGCUCCCCCAUCUCCAGUGAAGCGUUGGUGCGUGUGCCAGCAUAUGGUCAGUGCCACACAAAGGAGAGCAGGAGGCCACGAGUGGUGCGCCUCCACCCGUCUUUCAUUACCUUUCUAUCUCGCUGGCUCUGACCCCCUCUCCUCCUCCUCCUCCUCUCUCCAACGGCCGUGCUGGCCAGCUGGCUGCCGCUCGGGUGUCACUUUUCCUGGCUCUGGACGAGGCAAUGAGUGCGUUGUAUGAGAGCAUGAGAGAGGAAGAGAUGGUAACCUGCCGGGAUCCACAGAACUCCAGGGAGCUCGGUCUGUGUGCCAUAACCUACUCAUAGCAGCCGGGGGAUGGUGCUUCAUCGGGCCAUCCAGGCGGCUCGAGCCGGGGAUCUUGUAACCCUGAGGGAGCUAGCGUCUUCUGGUCACCUCGCACCCGCCAUCACUGAUGCUCAAGGUGCCGGCCCGGUGCACCACGCCGCAAGGUGUGGACGCCUGGAGUGCCUGCAGUUCCUGGUGGGCGAGCUUGGGCUGGCGGCUGAUGCCCGGGCCUUGAAUGGAGCCUCACCGGCACACGAUGCAGCAGCUACCGGCCACAUCCGGGAGCUGCAAUGGCUGGCUGACCAAGGAGGCUGUAACAUUGAGGACAGGGAUGCUGCUGGAGCCACCGCGCUCCACCUCGCAGCUCGCUUUGGUUGCGUGGAGGUCAUUAAGUGGCUGCUGUCUGUUGGAGGAGUGGCAGAGGUGGAGACAAAAUGUGGAGCUGUACCUGCACAUUACUCAGCAGCCAGUGGGGACCUCAACUGUUUAAAACUACUCAUUCAGCAGGCACCUGGGUGUGUGAACCACCAGACAGUCAUCGGCGCCACCCCGCUCUAUCUGGCCUGUCAGGAAGGGCACCUGCAUGUUGUAGAGUACCUCGUCAAUGACUGCGGGGCUGGCGUCAACCUGAGGGCUCACGAUGGCAUGACCUGCCUGCAUGCUGCCGCCCACAUGGGCCACGAAGCCGUGGUGGUUUGGCUGGCGACGUGUACCGAUGUCAGCCUCUCCUGCCAGGACAGAGAUGGAGCGACUGCUCUGCACUUUGCUGCCAGCAGAGGGCACUAUUGCAUCUUGGAGAGGCUGCUUCACAUGGGUUCAGAGGUCAUCAAGGAUUACUGGGGAGGGACCCCUCUUCAUGAAGCAGCAGAGAAUGGAGAGCUGGAGUGCUGUAAAAUCCUCUUGGCCAAUCAAGCCAACCCUACAGACCAGGAUAUUGAUGGGUUCACAGCAGCAGACUUGGCAGAGUACAACGGACACCAUGAAUGUGCCAGAUAUCUCCGUGCCAUGGAGAAAAACGAAGCCUGUGCAGAUAAGCCCAUCGAGGUAAUUGUUCCGGCGGAGGAGGAAGUGAAGGUGAAACCCACUGUGUUCUCGCAGCGCAGCAGGGAGGAUUACUACGGCAGCCUGAGUAACCCAUGCAGAGACAGUUACAACAGUGACGCACACAUGGAUAGUUUAAAGCAACCUGAGAGUGAGGAGUCCCCUCAGGCGAGAUACCCUCAGCCCCCCUCUGCACCUCCUUUACCUUCUGCUUCAUCCACAUCCGCCCAGCCAGAGAAACCAUCUGUCAGCAGAAUAGAGCAUAUUCAAAUUGCAACAUCUGUUAUCAAAGGUUUUGGUCUGCCCAAAGCCGCAGCGAGUGAGAAAACCGCCUCUGCCGAUAAGACGAUGUUGCCUGGUAAAAAUCUCCUGGGGGAGAAAAAACUUCUUGGCGACAUGAAGUCCAUCACAUCCUUGAAACAAUCAGGGUUGUCAGGAGUUUUCACUGGACAAGCAAACAAGAUGGUGGUCCUGCCCACUGAGGAGGCCAAUCUGUCGGACAUCGACUACCUGGUGCCCACACAUGAUGAGAGAGGCCGUCCCAUUGCUGAGUGGAAGAGGCAGGUCAUGGUGAGACAGCUGCAGGCCAGGCUGCUGGAUGAGGAGGAUCAGAGGAGGAAGGAAAAUGGGAACAGAUAUGCCAAAGUCACUUGGAGGUAUUCCCAAGCCCACAAUGCCAUCCUAGGGCCUUCUGGUGAGCUGCUGGCUGAGGAUGACCUCAUCUAUCUGGAGCAGCAGAUUGCCAACGUCUCCAUGCAGAGGCACUGCGAAGGCUACGAGCUGGAGCUCGCCCGUCUAGCUGAGGAGCUCAGGCACAUCCUGCCAGCGCCCAUAGUGAACAUCACGGUCAACACGCAAUUCAGAAACUUCUCGAGUCAAGUUCCUCUACCUGUGUGGUGCGGCCGCAUCUCAGGCAUCGUGAAGAGCAUGUCUCUGCUCAUGACCAACCUGACAGACCAGCCUCACUGCAAGAUGCCCAACACCGAACUGAUCACUGUGUUCUCUCAGACGCCAGACAGACAGAACUCCAUCAGGGGACGCAGGGAGAGGAUAGAGGAUGAAAUCCACCAGUUCGGAGUGUCUGUAAGGACUCUGAAGUCUAAUUUUGAGACGCAGAACUCACCUUUGUCGAAUGAGCCGGAAGAAGAGGCAGUCGUGUUAAGUUCUUCCACACAGCUUGAGACCACAGAGUCAGACAAAGAGCCUAAAGUGUUGAGCCCAGCCCCAGAAACAGACCAGAACAGUGACUCCGGCAUUGACUAUGAUGAAAACGUUCCAGAUGUUCUAGAGACAACCAGCCUUAGAAAAGAGCGUAUAGUCGUGCUGUUCUUAGGCCACUGGAAGAAAUCUGCCUACACCGUGACUCUGAAGAGCAGGGAUGCAGCAGGGAGGAAGAUGAGUGACGGAAACCUUGACAAACCCGGGUCCAUUCGUAGAGCCAGCGUGGAGAGCACCCCGUCGAAUAUGUUGAACAGUUCUCUGGGGCAUUUCUUCAAGCAGAGGAGUGCUGUCAACAAGAUGCUGGGAAACUGGAGGAACAUGAUCUCAAGCGUCCCAUCCAGACAGAUACGCAGGCUUCACAGGCAGCAAGCCCUCUACUCCCCAGAGCAGUUCCUGCCUCGUCUGGAUGGCGUGCCGGUUGAGUACGACAAUCUGACCCUGGAUCUCUUCAUGCUCGGCUACUUUCACAUCCUGGAGCUGGAGCUGCCUGUGGACGAACGCAAAAUGAGGCACCUGCUGUGUUUUGAGGUAUUCGACCACGUGGGGAGCUUUCCCUGGGAGCUGGUCAGGGACUUUCACAAGGCUGUCAUACAGGACAUCGAGGCUGGGAACCGCGAGUGGAAGGACGGCUUUGAGGACAUUAAAGUGAAGUUCUUUGGAAACACUGUGAGUCAGUCUGAAAGCACUGUAGAAGUGGUGAAGCAUAGCCUCCCAGAGGUUAGACAGGUCCCUAAGGUAAUCGUGCAAACACCCACACCCGAUGAGGGGAUGCUCCACAAAGGGACUGACAUCUCCAGUUUUAGCAAUGAUGAAAUUUGUAAAUACAUUGACCGCAGUUUUGCUUUUUGGAAAGAGAAAGAGGCAGAGAUUUUUGAUUUUGAGUAGUUGCUUGUGUCAUCUUUUGAUAUUUUUGUAUUGUUUGUAGUUCGAUGACAUUAGGGCUGGGUAUCAAACUCAAAUACAGUUUGAAUCGCUGUAAUUGUACCAAGUACUGAAAGCUAGCACAGACUGCUUAGCCAGAUUCUUACCCUUGUUUACUUAUUUGAUCAUUUGAAUUUUGUUAAUUUUAUACUGCAUUUCAUUGUGUUAAAACAUUAAACGUAUGCAUUUCAGAAGUUUGGACUUGAUGUAGUUGAUAAGUUUUAAACAGGUUUUGUAAAAAAGAAAAAAAAACAUUUCUAGAGUUAUUUAGGUACUGCUGUUCAAACUCAGGUAUCAAAUUUCAACAACAAAUUUCAAAACAUACCCAGCCCUAUUACACAAUCCCGAGUGCCUAGACUACAAGUGUGUUUUCCUGAGAGUAAACAUCUUUGUUUUGAGAUUUUAUUCUUUUUUUUUUUUUUGGUAAGAAAGCAGUUUAUGGUUAAUUUUAUUCCCACUUGAAUCAAUAAUCUGGCAGUAAGAGUACCAGUUCUGGCAUUAUUACAAAAUAAAUCUAUACACAGAGACCUGUGUAAUUU